GAACGCCUUGAAGGAGCGCACUGCGGGCUCCUCUCUUCAGACUGUCUCUGUCCGCAGGAGCGACGCAGGACGAGCGGGGAUGAGUCCGUGCAGCAGGAGCUGAGAGCCGGCCCAGGAAGGAGACCAGUGAAGAUGAAGUGCACAGCUUGUGGCCAUCAGAUACUGGAAAAAACACCCAAAUUCUGCAGUGAAUGUGGCAAGAAGCUUUCUGUCCAACCUGCAGUCACAGAGGAGGCAGGGGACCAGCUGAAACCUUUGAUUACAGACUCAGAAAGUAACACUGAGAAAUCAGGAUCUCAGCAAGAUGACCAACACGUGGACAACAAAGAGUCCAACCGGCCAAAUGAUGAGAGCAUCAGUGACAUAAAGGAGGAGACUCAGAAGAAAACAGAAGAUGAUCAGAGCCUCAACACAACACCGGCAGACCCUCUGACUCCACGUGUCGACUCGGAGGAAAAGAAGAACGCAGCUUCUCAGGCAGGCACAGGUGAGGAGACGAAGACAUCUAACCCGAAACAACGAAAGAGCAAGACGGAUGCUGUCAAACAAGACCGUAAUGCCAGUGUGGAGCAAACUACAGAACAAACAGAAGAAAGUAAAACUAAAGGAAAGAGUCAGCAGGGGAAGAGAACAAAGCAGACUGCAGCAGCUCAACAGAAGAUGGUUUACGGUCGUCAAACACCAUCAAAGCCUGACAGCAUCGGCUCCAGUGUAGACCCGGUGGCAGCAGAGGAUAUGGGACCACAGCAGUCUGGAAGUGAAGAGGAGCAAACGCAGACCUCAGAUGAUGACAGUGAACAGGAAGAUUCCAGCCCCAAACCACCACCACCCCCAACAAAGCAACCCAGACCCAGUCACACUGCACCUAGUGAGAGACUCAACAUUUACUUUCAUGCAGUUCUCUCCAAGGAUUUCAAAUUUGUUCCAGGAGUGGAUCGCGUCUUUGUCAACAUGGUUUCCUCCAGUGGAAAAUGGGAGGAAGAAGCAGUUGAACUGUCUGUGAAAAGGAACCUUCAAGAACAUGGGUUUCUUAUUGAAGGCUGUUUGAAAACAACCAAAAAUCAAGUGUCUAAGUCGAUCCCAUACAAAUACUUUGUCUACAAAACCAAAAAGGGUUCUUAUAAGUAUGAGUACAUAUACAAGCAAGAUUCCACACAACCCGCCAACAGAUGUUUGUUUGUAAAAGAACACCUCAUCAAUGAAAAUGGGGACUGGCAUCAAUAUGACGACAUCAUCUGUGCACCGCCGUCAAAAAACGUUGUUAAACGUACUUGGGAUAACUGGUGGUCAGAACAAAGAAAAAGCUUGAUUCAAGGCAGAGAGAUUGCAGGGAGGAUAAUGCUGGGCACCAUUUUUGGUAUUCUCCGUGACUGGACAGAGACUAACUUGAGAAGUUUCAUCAGCCAGCUGUAUCAGUUUUUUCAGGUUUAUAAAGACCCAUAUGUGUAUGAAGAGAGACCAAAGAAAUGGAGCAGUUUGAACUAUGGUGAAGAAAAUGUAACGGAUUUGUUGAAAGACUGCAUGCUGACAGCAGUGAUUCCUCAGCUCAGUGACAGAAACAGGAAAGGUUACUUCAUUCAGGACGACUUCAAAGCAGCAGUGAUCAUGCUGCAUGUACGGGGACAGUAUCGCAUCAAGCUCUACAGAAGUGAGCUUCAACAGCUCUGUGCCAUGCUCUGCUUACCGAAGCUGGAGAAGGAUCGCUUCCUUCAGUUCUGGGAAGAUUUUUCCAAAGAGGUUUCUGUUAUCAGGAGUGUGCCAGAGACCUUGGUGGAUGUGAUAAACAUUGUGAAAAAAGAAAACAUGCCUGAAUGGAUCAUGGCACUCCCACUUCUCCACCUGCUUAAUGGCACCACAAAGCCCUUUGAACGACCACCGCCUGGAAACCCCCAGCCCUUGGUAUCCUGGGCAGGUCUGCAAGGCCUUGACAUUGGUCGCCCACGCAACAUGAGCAGUCAAGACAGAAGGGCACUGCUAAAGGUGAUGACAAACAACAGUCACCUGGUGGAGGUGGAUCCUCUUUCAGUCCGUUCCUGCUUGUACUUCAUGUCUCUUGAUGAACUGAGGGAGUGCAGCUCAAACUUAAAAGCUGAGCUUUUGGACAUACUUGAAGUUUUCACUAAGCGUGCUCCUGCAGAAAUUACUGCUAAUUCUCAUGAGGCAGUAUCUGGCCUUCUCUCACACAUCAAGGAAAAUCUUGAUCAAGAACGAUACAGUGAUUUUACAGAGGCUUACAGGAUAGACUGCCUUUCAGCAGCAGUGAGGCUGUUAGACAAGAUUUGCAAAGGGGUGAAACCAACAUACACCCAAAACUACCCUGAUAUCCCAGUUGCAUGCAUGCAUCUGGUUGCAUCUGUAACCGACUUUGUUCAGUGUAACAAGCAACAGGAAAGCCGAGAACAAGACGGAGUACAGCAACAUGUGAGAGAACUGGUGAUCUCUCAGGCAAUGGGAAUAAUGAGAGAAUGGAUGAGUCGGACAUUUAAACAGUUGCUCAACAAGGGAUUCACAUCCCUGUGGCACGGAAAGGCGACAGAUCAGUUUGAAACGUGGAACAACAUAAUUUCAAUUAGUUUCAAAGAUGAAGAUUUCACAACAGAGUGGGAGCAGACAUUCAAAAUGGAUUUUGAGGGCAAGUACAAAAAGGAAUCUCCUCAGGAUCAAAUUGAUUUCUAUUGUAACUAUAUAGAGGUGCUGAAAGAUUCCCGUCCACAUCUUGCUGCAAGUGUUGAGAACUGUGCUCUCGAAGCUGUUACACAUUUGUGCCAGACAAAGUCUGAAGGCAAAGUUCUUGAGAAAUUUAAGAUAAAUCCUAAUUUUGGAAAGCUUGCCUCAGCAAUUAUCCAAAAGACCUGGCCACUGGACAGCCAAGGAAAAUACCAGGGGGAUGAAGAAGUGGUUCUUCGUCAUCUACUCUCCUGGACAGCUGCCAAAGACAUUUUCCAGCUACAUGGUGCAGAUCAGAACCUGGCUGAGCAACUCUCUCAAGAUGCCAGAGACAUAAUUACCAUCGCCAUCUCAUCAUUCAUAGCAAUAACAGAUCAACUGGUCCAAGGGAACCUCAAAAUCAGCCUGCUCAAAAUCAUUUUGGAGCAAAAAGACGUCUUCUUAGCACUGAUACAGACUGACUUUCUUUCUAACAAUGAAAGCUACAAAGAUAAUGGGAAGAUGAAGUGGCUUUUGCAGUGCAGACAUGACGAAUUGGAAUCUAUUUACCAUGAAAAGGAGCUUGUGGAUGUUCUCUUCACUCUGAACCAUAAACUUGAGGAUCAUAUAACAGUUGAUGUAGCUGACAUCAUGCUCAAACGGCAAGUCAACAUUGAGUGUGCAUCAUUGAAUGAGUUCAUGGAGGUUCAUCGAUAUGAUCAACGGCAGCCUGAAAUGGCUGGUGUUGUUACCUACUUUAGUCUCGAUGAAGAAAUCAGAGAGAUGGCAGAGGUCCUGCACAAAUUCAGAGACAGCUAUGUGUUCAAAAAGUGUUGGGACCAACAAGCCAAACUCCUGCCUGAGGAUAAAGUGAAAGAUGAUCCUGAUGAAUCUCAAGUAGCAGACAUGGUAACACUAAAAACGAUCCAUGAAAAAAUUUUCAUGAGUUGCUUUGACCAUUUCAAAGAUAUCUAUGUUCGUUUGAGGGAUGGAACCAUAAGACUUGAAGAAGUCAAUCAACUUUUCAAAGAUGUCAAUGACAACUAUGAAAAACUUCAACAAGAAAUAGACAUCAUGUGCAAAGUCGAUAAUUCACAGGACAAGCUGUGGAUCAACAGCAGGAUGCAGCAGAUUAAGCAGUACCAUGAGCUUCAUCUGGCUGUGGCUUCAGCUCAGAUCAUCAUGAAGGUCAAAGAUACGCUUUGUCUUCAAGGAGACUUCAGUGUUCUGGAGACACUGACGAAAGUUAAUCAAGUAGACUUUGAGAAAGAGCAGCUCAAAAGGAUUGAUGAUGACUUGAUGCAGGCAAAGAAGAUCCUGGUAGACAUCACUGAGCCACGGAGACUGUGUCUGCAGGAACUGGGACGUCGAGGACAAUUUGUGAAAUGGGCGAAGGAAGCCCUUGAAGAUAUCAAUGAGUUGAAGGUGUUUGUUGACCUGGCUUCGAUCUCUGCGGGAGAGAAUGACAUGGAUGUGGAUCGUGUCGCUUGCUUCCAUGAUGCAGUCCUUGGUUAUUCCUCAAUGCUUUAUGAGCUAAAACCAGACUCUGGGUUUGAUGCCUUCAAAGAAAUGCUCAAAAAGCUUUGGAAAGCUUUGGAUAAUGACAGCAACCUCUGCCAGAAACUGCGGGACACUGCACGCCAUCUAGAAUGGUUGAAGAUGGUGAAGGACAGCCAUGGGUCAGUGGAGCUGUCGUCUCUCUCAUUGGCAUCAACCAUCAACCAUAAGGGAAUCUAUUUGAUCAGUCCACACGGUGUCGAAAAGCUGAGUCUUAAAACUGCUCUGAAGCUGCAAAUUCCAGAAGAGCUUGAUGAGGGUCCGCAGAUGCGCUGCUACUCUCUCGAGGAUCUGAGAGAGUUGCAAAACAAACUUAUGCUCAUGUCUGGCAAAGGAGAUAAAGGGCAAAAUGAAGUUGAGCAUUUUGCAGAGGUUUUUGCCAGUGUCCAAAGACUUGCUGAGGCAUUCAUUGCCUUGUACAAUGCUGGAAAUCCUUUGUUCAGGCACUGGAAAGUGCAAAUCAACUGCUUUUCAGAUAACCAGUUACCCAGCAUCAUGAUGGACUUCAACUUGGACAGAGUUCCCAGUGUCACUAUAGAUGGAGGCAUAGAAGAGCAGCUGCCUGAACUUUGCAGAAAAAUGGAGAAAUGUCUGAAAUACUGGAUGGAUUUUGUCAACAAGCAGAGAUCACAAAAUUACUAUCUGAACUAUUACACCGCUGAACAGAUUGUCUACCUGUGCAGCAAACUCACUCAGCAAAAUGUGACCAGUAUCGAGGAUCAAGUUCUCAUGAUGCUGUCUUUCAUCAAACCAAACUGUACGACCACAGACUUGGAGCACGUCUGGCAUACACUUCAAGAUGAAAUUAUCACCAAACCACAAGAAAGAAAUGAGGAUCUUGAAUUUCAAACCUUUGUUAUUUUGCCAAGAAGUAGCACAGAAGACCAAGAACUCGACAGCCAGCUGAGUUCCCUGCCAAGUCUUGUGGAGCAAACAAAUGGUUUGCAAGCAUUUGAUCAGAUAUGGAAUGCCUACAUGAAAGACAUGAAGGAUUUUCUUCCACACGUUCUUGACAUCAAAAGUCUUGGAAGACUGUUGGAAAUACUUGCAAACAAAAGUGACAAAAAUGAAGACUGUGACAGUAAGGAAGAUAAUUUGGAAAAUAACUUCAUUCAGAGGCAGCUACCCAAAGGUUUGGCCACUGGGAGGCCAAACCUCAUUGUUUGUCCACAUGAUGAAGUCUUGACAUCUUGCAUCUCAGUUUAUAUGAACAGUGAAACUGUCACACUUCCAACCUAUGACGAAGUCCUCCUGUGCAGCCCAUCAACUCCAUACGAACAAGUGGAGCUGUUCCUCAGGCGCUGCCUCAGUGAAGGCUACAGAGGCCAAAAAAUAUAUUCCCUUCUGUAUGGAGAUCUACUCACUUACGAUGUCAGCUCUAAACUUGAGAGCUUUUUCCAGGAAAUGAAAAUGAAGAGUAGGCAUGACUACCAACUUGUUCUCAUUUGCAGCUCAGAAAGAGAGCAUGCCUACCUUCCUUCAGCAUUCAGCCAGUACAGACUGCACAUGGUUCCCCAGGAGUCACUGGCAAGGAUCCAGAGGUACCUUCACAAACAUUAUGCCGUUCCAAAAGAUCAGUGCAGUGCUGCAGCUGUAUUUAAAGACAGGCUCUGCGUUGGUAUCAUCUCAUCUAAAAGGGCAGGUGUUGGUAAAUCAUUGUACAUCAAGAGGCUGUAUGAAAAACUGAAGUCUUCAACCACAAAGCCAUCGGCAAAGAAAUGCAUUCGCUUGAUUGAACCAUGUGUUGAUGAGAACACCAUUGUUCAGUCGCUGUUGGAAAGGUCCAAAGGGGAAGAGCUUACAAUGUUUCACUUCGAUGUCAUGUCAUCGGUGCAAAAGGGUCUUGCAGAGUUCCUUUUCAAAUUGUUGAUUUUGCGCUAUUUGAUGGACUCUGAGGGAAAGCUGUGGAAGUGCAAUGACAAGCAGCUGUAUGUCAUUGAGAUAUUGGAACCCACUGUCAAGUUAAACCAGACUACAUCAAACCAGGCUCAGAUUUUGCCAAGCACAUUCACAGAUGUGUUUCCAAAAAUUGUCUGCCGACCACCCAAAGAUGUACUCAUGCUUGAGAUGAGGAAGCGAGAAGAUCCAACCGUUGUGAGCAGUGAUGACCCUCUGAUGGAUGAGGAAGAAUUCAGGAGUGAAGCUUUCCAGCGACCAUAUCAGUAUCUGACACGCUUUCAUAACGGCAUGGAUUUAGAUGCAUUUUCAUAUCAAUGUGUUGAGGGGUCACAUGUGGAAUGUCUUCAGAUGCUUCUGAUGAAUUGUGGCAUCAUGGACCCAUCCUGGGCAGAACUGAGGAAUUUUGCAUGGUUUCUUAACCUGCAGCUGAGAGACUGCGAGACAUCUGUUUUUUGUGAUGCCACUUUCACUGGAGACACGCUGAGUGGGUUCAAAACCUUUGUGGUAGAUUUCAUGAUACUGAUGGCAAAGGACUUUGCCACUCCAUCACUCAACAUCUGUGACCAGAGUCCUGGCAGGCUGCAAAUGGAUCUGACUGGUGUGAAAGAUGAAGACUUGGCUCCCUUUCUCAUCAGAAAAAGAUGGGAAACAGAACCACACCCAUACAUCUUCUUCAAUGAUGACCAUGUGUCUAUGACCUUCAUUGGUUUUCAUCUUCAGCUCAAUGAACAGGGCUUUGUUGACGCCAUUGAACCCACAUCUGGAAGGGUCAUCAAAAAGAAUGUCAUGACAAAGGCAUUGUAUGAAGGCCUGACACUGCAGAGAGUCCCAUUCAACAUUAACUUUGACAGUCUUCCCCGGGGAGAGAAGAUCGAGAGAAUUUGCAAUGUUCUUGGGAUUCAGUGGCCUUUAGACCCUGACGAAACCUAUGAACUUACAACUGACAACAUCUUGAAGAUAUUGGCAAUCCACAUGCGGUUCCGGUGUGGCAUCCCUGUCAUCAUCAUGGGAGAAACAGGCUGUGGUAAGACAAGGCUCAUCAAAUUUCUCUGUGAAUUGCGAAAAAGCGGAGUCGCCACCGAGAACAUGAAAUUGGUCAAGGUGCAUGGAGGGACUACUUCUGAGAAUAUCCUUUCCAAAGUCAGAGAAGCAGAAAAUGUUGCUUCCAUCAACAAAGCUGACUAUGGACUUGACACUGUUCUCUUCUUUGAUGAAGCCAACACCACUGAAGCCAUCAGCAGUAUUAAGGAGGUCCUUUGUGACAACACAGUGAAGGGGGAAAGCUUGACAACAAAUUCUGGGUUGCAGAUCAUCGCUGCUUGCAACCCCUACCGAAAGCACACAGAUGAGAUGAUCCAAAGGUUAGAAUCUGCAGGCCUUGGGUACCGAGUUCGAGCUGAUGAGACAGAUGAAAAGCUUGGAUCCAUCCCUCUUCGCCAAUUAGUAUACAGAGUUCAAGCAUUGCCGCCAAGCAUGAUCCCUCUGGUGUGGGACUUUGGACAGUUAAAUGAACACACAGAGAAAAAAUACAUUCAGCAGAUUGUGCAAAGAGUGAUUGAAACAAAGGCAAUCGAUGCGUAUCACAUCACCAUGAUCACUAAUGUACUUUCAGCCUCACAGAAGUACAUGCGUACAAGAAGAGAUGAAUGCAGCUUUGUCAGCCUGAGGGAUGUGGAACGUUGCAUGCAAGUCUUUGUUUGGUUCUAUGACAACCAUGCCAAGUUUUUUGCAGAGCUUGAGGAGCUUGAAAAAGUUCAAAAAGCACAAAAGAAAGAGCGACAUCACAGAGGGUCAGAGGUCAGGGACCCUGUUGUCUGGUCUCUAGUCAUGGCCACAGGAGUGUGUUACCAUGCCUGCCUUGAAGAUAAGGAUCAAUACAGACAAAAACUCAGCAGUGAACUACAAACAUACAGUCCAGCAGGUGUAAUGCAGGAAAUCUCAUUAAUGCAGGAUUUGCUUUUAAAUGGCGUCCCAAUGGGUGAUACUAUUGCCAGAAACAAUGCCCUCAAAGAGAACGUCUUCAUGAUGGUGCUUUGCAUUGAGUUGAGAAUCCCUCUGUUCUUGGUUGGGAAACCUGGAAGUUCAAAAUCUUUGUCCAAAACUCUGGUGGCAGAUGCAAUGCAAGGCCAAGCUGCUCAUUCUGACCUUUACAAAAGGCUUAAGCAGAUCCAUUUGGUGUCCUUUCAAUGCAGUCCACAUUCAACACCAGAAGGCAUCAUCAAUACAUUCAAGCAAUGUGGACGCUUUCAAGAGGGUAAAAACCUUGGUGAAUACAUCUCCGUUGUGGUUCUGGAUGAGAUUGGCCUGGCCGAAGACUCGCCAAAAAUGCCACUGAAAACUCUUCAUCCAUUGCUCGAAGAGGGAUGUAUAGAUGAUGAGCCCCUACCACACAAAAAGGUUGGUUUCAUUGGUAUUUCCAACUGGGCGCUGGACCCUGCAAAGAUGAACAGAGGCAUUUUUGUCUCCCGAGGUGACCCUGAUCAGAAGGAACUCAUUGAAAGUGCUCGAGGCAUUUGUUCAUCUGAUGCAAUGGUUUUGGAGAAGGUCAGUGAUUUCUUUGAACCUUUUGCAAGAGCCUACUUGCAUAUCUGCCACAGUCAAGGGAAAGGGUUUUUUGGCCUUCGUGAUUAUUACAGCUUGAUAAAGAUGUUUUUUGCAGAGGCUAAGGCUUCUCAACGGAGGCCCACAGCAGAAGAGACAGCAAAGGCUGUUUUGAGAAAUUUCAGUGGCAAGGAUGACGUAGAUGCAGUUACUGUCUUCACAACAGAACUGCAAAUCACUCCGAAUCUUGAGAACCUCAGCGCCUUCGAGUUUGUGAGAGAAAACCUUCACGCAACUGCACAAGAUGAAGAAUGUCGAUACCUGCUGGUACUCACAAAAAAUUACGCAGCUCUGCAAAUCCUGCAGCAGACAUUCUUUUCAGAAAGUGUUCAACCAGAAAUAAUCUUCGGCUCCAGCUUCCCAAAGGAUCAAGAGUACACCCAAAUCUGUCGCAACAUCAACAGAGUGAAGAUAUGCAUGGAGACAGGUCAAACUGUGGUUUUACUAAACUUGCAAAACCUCUAUGAAAGUCUGUAUGAUGCCCUCAACCAAUACUAUGUCUGCUUGGGAGGGCAGAAGUAUGUGGACCUUGGACUGGGAACCCAUCGUGUCAAAUGUCGAGUGCACCAAGAUUUCCGGCUCAUUGUCAUUGAAGAAAGAGAGGUGGUCUACAAACAGUUCCCAAUACCUCUCAUCAACAGGCUGGAGAAACACUAUCUGGACAUUCACACGGUCCUCAGAACAGAGCAGAAGAGGAUCGUGGAAGAACUGGAGAAAUGGGUCACACUCUUUGUAACUCUGAGCAGUCAGUUUGCAGCAGCGGAUCAAACAUACAAGUACCAGCCCCCAGAUGUCUUCAUUGGCUAUCACUCCGAUGCAUGUGCUUCUGUGGUCCUUGAAGUGACGGAGAACCAAAAAGCUAAUUUGAACGUGACAGACGCUGAGAGGAACGUGCUUGAUGAGGCCAAACUCGUACUCCUCAAGUGUGCUACACCAGACUCGGUGGUGCGGUUGGACCGCACAGGCCUUCCAAAGGUGGAGAGUGAGGAGCUUGCCAAGAUCUACUUUGAAGAGCAGAGUAACAAUUGUUUGGCCGACUACAUACUUUCUCACACAAGACAGGAAGUUAGCUGUCACGCUGCCUUCACAGAGGUGACAACAUUUUCCAGACUGUUGACAGCGAUUGACUUGGAACUGCUGAAGGAGAUGUUCCACAGUGUUGAGCUUCUUUCACUCCAGCAGUUUGACACAGAGCACUCAUUUUUGAAGAAGAUCAGAAACUUUCUCACUGCGGAAAAUGGAAGCAACAUUCCUGAAUCAUGCAACAAGAUCCUCAUCAUUCAAUGUGAUUAUGAUGACUCCUCUCAUGGUGUCAGUCUCAUUGCAUCUGCAAAGUAUUCCUCAAUCAAUGAAAUCAACAAGAUAACUCAGGAAAGGACUGGAUGCAACGUGUUUGUCUACUUCAUCACCAGACUGCCAAGAAUAGAAGGGGGAACCACUUACAUUGGCUUUCAUGGCGGUCCUUGGAGAUCAGUUCACAUUGAUGAUUUGAGACGGUCAAAAGACAUUGUUUCCGACAUCAAAACCUUGCAAAACAUGGCAAUCAGUAAGAUGUUUGAAACAAAGAUGAUGCAGCAGGAAGCCAUGGAAGUUGAUGACAACUACACCGAGGCAGAGCUGGAAGAAACAACAGAUGAAAAUGAUGAUGACUGUGUUGUGGACACCACGUUGCUGCUGCGAAGCUGUGUGCAGAGUGCAGUCAGCAUGAUGAAGGACAACGUGGAAAGUGGCAGUCGCAGUAAUGAAAGAGUUGAAAUUCUUCUGACUUUCCUGAGCGACAGUGAUGAAAUGAAAGAGAAAUUUCUGGAAACUGUCAAACGCCGCCUUCACUCAUUGUUGCUGACUCAAGAUGGCAACACCUCAUCUGUCAAGAGCAACUGGGUCCUUAACGAGGCCACAAACAUUGAUGCUUUGCAAGAAGGAGGCACAUUCAGGCACACCUUAUGGAAGCGAGUUCAGGCUGCUGUUUCUCCUCUCUUGGCAUAUCUUGUUUCAGUCAUUGACAGAGACCGAAACAUGGAUAUUCUGCUUGAUGGAAACAGUGGUGAAACUGUCAAAAAGCUGUGGCUGGAUAUUUUUGCCAAUGAUAAACUGCUGGAAAUGUCGAAUCUGACAGUUGAUCGAAACUUUGAGAAAAGAACAUUCCUUGUACAAAACUACAUCACCCAAAACAAGAACUUCAGCUGCAGCAUGCCCUUCAGUUGGAGGAUCAAGGAUUUCUUGGAGGAACUCUGGGUACAGGUGCUUCAACAUGAAGGGCACACACAGCAGAAGUUUGAUGAGUUCUUUUGGAAAACGCCACUGGGUCGAUACAUAGCAGAAGCAGAUCCAGACAUGCAGAUGGAGUUUUUCCACCGCUACCUUCAGGACUUCAUCUGUAUGACAAUGACCAUCUCUUGUCCGGAAGAUCUACAGCUUCUCUGUAAUGCCCUGAAUUGCUGCGUCAAUGAGAUGAAAGUGCAUCAAGAGGAAGCAGUGGUAUCUCUUCCAUGGGUCCAUGCUGCUUAUCACAAGUUCAAGAUCCGCCUGCAGAAUCUCUCCAGAAUGAUCUGCAUCGAGCCCCAAGUGACCCACGACCUGAGGAAUCUUGAGAGAGAUGGGGUUGAACUUGUACAUGAUGUAUCCGCUGCCUUUGCAUGUGUGGAGCAUUUGGAGCCCAAAGUUUUGGACAUUGACGCUCAGAGACUGGCCUGGCUGAGGGACGUGAAAAAGCUCCAAGUGCCAAUUGAUUUGGUUUGCUCUGAGGACAGCGUGAGACAUUACGGAGAGAAGAGCAAGAUGCUUGCAAGCCGAGUCCAAGCAGGGUGGAAUCGGAUUUAUUCUCUCUCUCUCUAUGUGGAGCACAUGUUGCUGGGGAUUGAGGAGUUGGAAAUGAAGCUGGCACCUGUAGUUUUGGAGAGCACACGAAGGCUUGGAAAGGUACUGGAAAAAAAUUCAGAUCUGAAAACUCAGCAGUCUUUUGAGGCGGUGAUUGAUUUGCUCAAAAAGUGCAAAGAUGAAGUUGUUCAGCGCAUCUUCAGGUUCGGUCUCACACAGUGCCCAGUCUGUAUGGGAGACCCCAAAGAUCCACUCUGCCUGCCAUGUGAACACAUCUUCUGUGUGGACUGCAUCAAACAGUGGCUGGGACCUGGUCAGAUGUACUGUCCCUUCUGCAUGCAGCAGGUUGAAGAUGAUUUUCUUUUGGUCCCGACAGAAGAAACAAGGAAAUCAGUCAACCUCCAUGCUCAGUUCAGGAAGCGGUGCAAUGCUUUCUUCAUCGACCUGGUGUCCACGGUGUGUUUCAAAGACAACUCUCCACCCUGCUCACAAGUCAUUUUCCAUCUGCUGUCCUUUCUGAUGACAGAGGCCAGUCCUGUUCCCAUUCUUCGAGCAAAUCCACAAGUUUUGACAAAGGCGCUCUCUCCUUUUGAUGAUUCUGUGGAUAAAAAUCCAGUCAUCCGGUCAGUGGUGCUGAAACUCCUCCUGAAGUACAGCUUCGAUGAAGUUAAAGACUACUUGCAGCAGCAUCUGAUGACAGUUGAGCAGAGCAACAUCUUGGAAGAUACCGACAAACUGGAGCUGUACUGCUUGUACAUCAACUGUCUGGAGGACUCCAUGUUUGACAGACUACAGUUCAGAUCCGCUGCCGACCAGCAGGAAUACCUUCAGGAAGAAAGUCAUUUUCUGACUGAGUUCUUGCAGUCACAGUCUCCUGAAGCAGCAACUGUGGAGUUCUUUCAGCAGGUCACCAGAGUCCGGAUGGAUCUAGAUCUCUCUGCAAGUCUCUUUGUGGAAGAAAUGAGAGCUCCAGAGUCCAAGACAGAAAGUCAAAGUGGAACCACAGCCUUCAUGACCAGUGUGGUGAACUUGUGCAGACGGAGUGGAAACGACUGGUAUCGAGUCUAUUUGAUCCGAAAGAUUUGCAGCCAACAUGGAGUGGAGUUUGUCCUGAAACUCCUCAAAGUGGAGGAGAUGCGCUGGCUCUUCCCUGAAAUUCUGCAAAAGAAUGAAGAGGCUUUCCAUGUUGACCAGUAUCUUGUUUGUGGGGAAGAUUACAAAGUGAUCAGAGAUGCUGUUGGAAAGGGAUUCAUGGAAGGAAAAACAGAUGAACUGGAUGAGGCUUGUGAGGGUUGCGGAUGCCCGCCGCAGUGGAAAACGGUUUACCUCUUGUUGGCACUCUACAGAGAAGUCACCACUCUCUACAGGGACACUAAUACCAGCUUCCAUCCUAAACCUGAGCAAGUGGACGCCCUGCAGACUUACAUCCAGACAUCAAAAAUCCUUGCCAGCAAUGAAUCAAAGACCUUUGCUCAGUGUCUGGUGACCAACCAACUCGGGCCGCUGGUUCUUCCUCCUGGAGCCUCCAGUGCUGACUGUGUGUCAGUGGACUUAACUGUCCACUUGGCUGCUGUCCUGGUCUGUGCAAACCAGGGGAUCUUAGGUCCUCUGCUGCAGCUUGCAAAAACACCGGCCAACAUGCAGGGAGCUUUCUUGCCCACAAUGCCAGAAGACAUGUUGGCAGUGGCUCACCAGGCUUUAGGGGCUUUAGAAUCACUGCAGUGGUACCAGUGCCAAAAUGGUCACCCAUGUACCAUUGGCGAGUGUGGACGGCCAUGGAGAACAAGCACUUGCUUAGAUUGUGGCGUUCCGAUUGGAGGACGCAACCACAUUGCUUUGCAAGGCUUUCAGCAUGUCAAUGUGCAAGGUGACCGCACUCAGACAGGCCACAUCCUUGGUGACCCCAGACGCAGACAGAAUCCAGACAUGCUGGACACCAAGAGCAUUUCCCCUGUUCCUUUCACCAUUAUCCGCAUGAUCACUCACAUGGCAAUGCUGCUUGGGGCCUACAGUCACCCACAGUCUAUCUCUGCUAUCAUCAAGCCUCCAGUCGGUGACACUGGAGCGUUCCUGCUCGCACACCUGAGAGAAGACAUGAAACAUCUCAUCAGGUCUCUGGGUAAAGGAACUGAUGAUACGAUCAGUGUUUUUCACCUGCUCAUCAACAGCCUACUGGAACCCCAACAGCAGCAAAAAUGUCCUGUUCCUUAUGAUGAUGUCCUCUCUGACAACAAGACCAGAAAUGGGUGGGAGGAAGAAAUGAGCAGCAUCAUCUCUGUACAUCUUAAGCACUUGGACCGACAGCUAAAGGAAGCGACCGCAUUUAUUCGGGCAGACUCCCGCAUUUCUGCCAAUUCAGUCGUGAAGCUAAUAUUUGGCGAUCCUCGUCAGUUCUUGGCCUCACUCCCUACAAACUCUGUGAUCCACGGGUCUGCUGUGUGGACCUGCAGAGAGAAAGUGUCUCUGCUGAGCCUCACCCACAUUGUUGAGCAGAAUGAUGGCAAAGACACACUGCCUGUGCUCUGGAGGUUCCUUCAUAAGGAAGCUGAGAUACGACUGGUGAAACACCUUCCUGAUGUCCUCGCGCUCCAGAGGGAUCUGGUUAAAAAGUUUCAAAACACCGAAGUGACGUUUUUCUCCAUUGAAGAAUUUCUUGGCAGUCACGAAGCAGUUUCUCUGAAAGCCUGGUACAAGAAACACAUCCGAAUCUUCCUGACAACCUGGAACCAGCUCAGAGUUUCUCUGGAAACCAACGGUGAGAUUAAGAUCCCAGCUGAGUUCUGCCAGAAGGACCUGGACGUCAAAAGUGACUUCAGAGUGCUGCUACCGCAAAGACAAGGCCCAGGCCUCUGCUCCACAGCUCUCGUCAGCUACCUGAUUGCAUUGCACAACAACCUUAUCUACGGCGUUGACAAGAACACCGGAGAAGAAACCAGCUACAAAGUGAGCCCUGCAGAUCUGACUGACCUGCAUGUGAUUCAUUAUGAGAUGGAAAGAGACGUGAUGCCACUGAUUCUGGCCAACACCCAGUACAGCAUCGAGAGGGGUCAGGAAACCAUCCAUGAGUACAACUUGCCCAAAAUCCAACAGCAGAUCAUUUCCCGCUUCCUGCAGGGCAAACCUUUCAUCACUCUAAACGGAAUUCCAACGCUGGUCAACAGACAUGAUCGCAACUAUGAGAUCAUCCUUAAAGAUGUAAAAACCAAAAUCAGACAAGAACCUCUUCAGGCUCUCACCCUGGUUGCUGUGGCUGGAGAUCUGCGCUCCUACAGUGAUGUGUGUGAGGCCUUGCACACGCUGGAAGUGGCCCUCGGUUUCCUCGCAAUGACUGGGGGAGAGCCGCACAUGCAGCUGUCUUGCUACCUGGAGGAGGUUCUGCAGAUGGGAAACCAGAUGGCUCAGCACGUCCUCAAGGCAUUGAGUGUGUGUUGUCUGAAGCACUGUGUGGCACUGUGGCAGCUGCUGGCCUCGCUCAAAUCAGAAAAUAUGCUUCAGCUCAAAAAGGAUCCAUUUCCAGAUUCAGAAGAGUACAAACAGCCUCUCGGUGAAGAAGAACGCAGACUGUUGGCAGGAUUUUUCUCGAAGAACAGAGCUGACGUUUUCCUUCUGGAGAUGCAUGAAUUCCUGGUGCUCGUGCUGAAAAAUCCAAAGGCACCUGAAACCUUCAGGCCUGACUGGAGCUUGAAAGAAACCUUGGUGGCUUACAUGGAGCGCAAAGACAUGGAUGUUCCUCCAGAAGUGGAAGAGCAUUUCCCAGAGGAGAUCAGCCUGGCACAUUACGUGGAAGCCUGGAAGUUCAUUGUGGACUUCAAGAACGAGCGUGGACAUCGACAAUGAAGAUUCUAUUAGUUGUUUUGCUUCUUGUGGAUUAAAAUCAAUCACUUAAUGUGAAGUUUAUGGCCUGAAGUAACAGUCCUGACAAUCCGUAUUUCUAUAUGUUCAUGAAGAAGAGACGUGCCUUUUCACUGAAUAGCUUUCAAUCCUGUCAAGACAAAAAGCAAUGUGAACUUUUCUGUGGUGUUUCAGAUCUUGCUUUGUGUUAUUUUGUAUUUCUUAAUCAUGCGCAAAGUUUCUUCAUAGUACAUAAACUAAACAAAACACACUUCACUCAGAUAAAAAAUGGUGUGUAUAUCUUGAUCGAACUGCAUCUAAAUUUAACUUUACUUGCCUUAAUACAACAGGUAGUUUUUGUCAAUCAGGUGUUUCACUGUUGCCAUGCCAUGUGUAACUGUUGUUGCCUUUUACAUUCAUCACUUAGCUGUCUUUCAUUCCAUCUUUUUCAUUUGGUGUUGAUUUGAUAAGUGAUUGAGUUCUUUUAUGGAUCAUUUUUUAAAUUAUAACCUGUCUACAGUAAAGUGUAAAUCCAUUCACUGCUUUAUUUUUGUGAUCUACACUAAAUUUUCAAGAGCCUGAAGACUGGAGGGAUCACCACUUAAUUACUUCUUGUUUACUCUCUACAUCACUGCCAACAUGCAGCAAAGGGUGUAUAUGAUGCAGUGUUCAGGAAAUGUCUACCUGAGAUUAAUGACUUUGUCUCUGAUCAGAUUGAUGUGUAAAUAAGGAGAAGACAAGAAACCUUCCAAAGUACAGUAAAUAAUGUAUGAGAAAUGUGAAAUUCUUACCAAGUGAAGUCCUGGAAUGUGCUCCACACACUUUCUUGGUCUGUGCUUAAAACACACUGCUUUGGUUUUCUGUCAGUGCCAACACAAUACAUGAAAUAUUGCAUGUAAUGGGCACACAAUUGCAACAGAUGAGUGAAAUAAUAGAAAAUAUGAAAUGUUUGAAAUAAAGUUUCAGUAAAUGUGCACUUCUGCAGGUGUCUGUUUGUCAAUUAAAUGCUGAAAUAGUCCAAACCACACCG